UAUGUAUGCCCUAUAUUAUUAUGCAUAUAUAUUUAUGAGCUACAAUGAAUUCAACCGAAAGAUCCCAUUCCAUGGCCAUGUUUUCAUUAGCUUUAGUACUAAUGCUAAUCUUCCAUGCUGAACAAACAGCAGCGCAAUCGGCAGGAGAGAGUAGAGAUUCAUGUAGCGCAGAUUGCGAUGCUAAUUGGGUUGGUUGUGAGGAUGGAAGCAGCAGCAGCCCGUCUGAUGAUUUCUCUGAUUGCCUGAUCCAAAAAUUGUACUGUUACGAAAGCUGUGGCUCCCCCGACCCUAAUCCAGAAGAUUGCUGCAACUGGAAUGAUACAGUUUGCAACCAGGAGGAGGCGGCCAUUCCUCCAUGUUACGUACGAAAGCUGUGAUGGAUUCGCGUGUAGCGGAUUAAAGUAAAACAGUGAAAAUUUGAACUGGACAAUAGUUUUGGGACGGAGUAACUAUAUUGUUGUCAGGUCUGUGAUUAUAUCAUUGGAGUGCAUGCCUAAAGGAUGUACAUUUGGUUUCACACUAGUUCUUUCGUUUAUCUCUUUUUUAGUGUUUCUUUUGUUUACCAAACCAUCUUUGAUAUAGUAUUCUUUCCCGACCUUAUUAUAAAGUGCA